CAUUCUUAGUGUGGACGCGUCGCUUGCGUUUGUCAGUUGUGCCUGAGCUUGUGCCAGCGUCAGUCAGUCAAAUUUAACGUCAGCUACAGAGUUUUUCAAGUUCCGAUUAGCAUUUUCCAACGCUCAGCACAAAAAAUUAUUUAGAAAAAAAAAAAUACCAAAUAUAACAAAAACUGGCUGAUAUUUUUGUGGUUGUGAACCUUUUUGUAGCUCUUUUGAUUACGAUUACAACAAAUGCAACAGUAAAGAAAAGUUUUAAACAAUAAAAACAUAUUUUUUGAACAGAGUUUAGUACAAAAAGGUUUCAGCCAAACAAAAGUCAAAGUGCAAAAAAAAAAAAAACCAAACAAACUCCAACAAAAGUUCAUACAAAAAGUUGAAGCCCGCGUGUGUCUGCGUAAAGGAUUUGUUGUCGUGAGUGUGUGUGUGUGUGUGUGUGGGUGUCGGUGUGCAUGUGUGUGUGUGUCGACUUUGUUGUUGCCACUGCAAUUGAUUAAACAACAGCGAUUGCCUGGUUCUGGUCUGGUUACCUGGGCCAACUCAAAGUACAGAGACCAAGCAACAGAGUCUAAGCCAACACACAAUGGGCUGCAACACCAGUCAGGAGCUGAAGACAAAGGACGGCGGCGCCAUCGAUGCUGUCAGCAAUGGCGAAACGGAGCCGAGUGCACCACAAAUGGAGCUGGACGACGGUGGCAACUCCUGCUCGGCGAAAUCCUCCAACAAUCAUACAAAUCACGCAAAAUCAAAUUCAAUUAUCUCCAAUGGCGAUGCCAAGGCGGCAGCCGUCGCAGCCAUCACCAAAGGAGCCAGCGCGGCAACAAAUGGCGUCGACCGUUCAUGCGAUAAGGCGGAAAUCACAGAAUUCAACGAUGAUGUCGAGGAGGAAGCCAAAGCCGCCACAAAGAUUCAAGCCGUAUUUCGAGGCCACAAAGUGAGAGAAACCAUGAAAAAAUCGGAAACCAAAACUACAACCAACAAUGGCAGCGCCUCUGCCUCUGCCCCUGCCCCUGCCUCUGCUGCUGCCGCCGAGCCGGAGCCCACCAAAGCAGAGCUCGAGGCUGAGUUCGAUCCGAACGACAAAGAGCUGUGCCAUGCUGCGCUGAAGAUUCAGUCCACUUUCCGUGGCCAUCUGGCACGCAAGCUGGUCAACAAGGAUGUGCCGGAGGACGAGGACAUACAGGAGAUAACCAAGAAGGUGGCCGAGGAGCUGGACAUUGAUCUAACCGAUCCGGAACUAAACAAGGCCGCCACCAAAAUCCAAGCAUCGUUCCGCGGCCACAAGAUCCGCAGGGAAACCAAUCCCGAAUAAGCUGGCCAAUGCGCAGACUUUUCAAUUUGUUGGUGUCGGCUGACCACAGAGCAGUCUACAAAUAUUAAAAACAUAAAAAAAA